AAGCAGUGAGAGAGAGAGAGAGAGGGACACGUCAAAUUCUGAGCUUUACAAUGUCAUCAGUAAAAUAUAUCAGCUACAAAGGAAUCCUAUUCCCAUCAAGAACUCAUUCAGCAGAAAUUCUUGAAAAAGUGGAAAAUGAAUUCCAGAUCUUGGAUGAUGAUGCCAUUACUGUCACUUACCCUAAGUCAGGCACCCAUUGGAUAGCAGAGAUCUUGGGCUUGAUCUCACAGAAAGGGGACCCCACAUGGACACACAGCGUGCUAAUGUGGGAACGGUCUCCCUGGAUUGAGAUGGAUAAUGGAUUGAAGCAAGCCUUGCAAAAUCCUCCUCCCCGACUCUUAAAUAGUCACCUUCCAUUUCAGCUUUUCCCCAAGUCUUUUCUGCAAACCAAAGCCAAGGUUAUCUAUACUUUGCGUAAUCCCAAGGAUGCACUGGUCUCAUCUUACCAUUUCUCCUUUCUGCUGAAAACACGAAAGACUCCUGGGAGUCUGCAAGAGCAUCUGGAGGAUUUCCUGAGUGGUAACGUGGUCUAUGGUUCCUGGUUUGACCAUGUGAAGGGCUGGAUGGAGUUGAAAGGAAGGCCCAACCUUUUCUACAUCAGCUACGAAGAAUUGCAGCAGGACCUGCGAGGCUGCGUGGAGAAGAUCUGCCGCUUCCUUGGGAAAGAGCUCAAUAGCCAGCAAAUUGACUCUGUGGUGGAAUAUGCCUCUUUCCAGAAGAUGAAGGAGAACAAGAUGUCCAAUUUCUCCUUGGCGGAUGACAGUUUUGUGGAUCACACAAAAGGAGAGUUUAUGAGGAAAGGGAUCUCUGGGGACUGGAAGAACCACCUGACAGUGGCACAGAAUGAAUACUUUGACCGUGUUUAUCAGGAGAACAUGCAGGGCGUGAGGACUACCUUCCCGUGGGACUGAAGAGGGCCAGAUGCUCACCUCGUUCUGCAUCCUGAUGUGACGUUUUACUGGUUUAUGUUGGUUUGAAUCUGGUUUUGUAUGUACCUGAUGUAAACAGCCCUGAGCCUGACUAUCAAUUAGAAAAAUCGAAUCAGUCAGUCAGUCCUCUCAACAUCAUCUAUAAAGCAGCUGAGAAACCAGCGCUGGUUAAUGAGGGAUUUUUGACUUCUUCGGAGGUGAUCAGAUGUGCGCCAAUGGCACCAUCCACAAAGAAUCUAGUAAAAUGUACCCAAAUUUGAGAUCCACCUAGAAAUCUAUUCACUUUAGAGAAAUCAGAGGGAAUAUAGGCAAACUUCUCGUGUGUCAGGAGAUGUACCAAUCUUAAACAGGACAUUACUUUCAAGGCAUUGUCUUUCAAGGUGCUUGCAGUGCCCUCGUUCCUCUUCCUUCUCAGGGUCCUGCAGCAUUCAACGAUGAAGUCAUCCUAGAGAGUUCAGUUCCCCUGGAGCAAAUGGCUGCUUUGGAGGGUGGACUCUAUGGUAUUAUACCCUGCUGAUGCCCCUCCUCUCCCCAAACCCUGCCCGCCACAGGCUCCCCCUCCCCAAAUCUCCAGGAAAUUUCUCAGCCAAAGUUGUCAACCCUAAGUCUACCAAAGCUCAUCAGAUCAAAAGAAGAGCUCUGCAUGGAAGUAGAUCAAUGGCCCAUCUAGUCCAGCAUCCUGUCUCCCACAGUGGUCAGCCAGUUCCUCUGGAGGGUGGAGAAUGGGCAAUAGAGGCCAAGACAUUCCCUGAAGCUGCCUCCAGGCUCUAGGAGUCAGAAAUUUAGUGCUUCUGAAAGUGGAUGUUCCCCUCAGUCGCCCUGACUUGUAGUCACUGAUAAUUUCCCCUUGAAAGCUGUUUGUUACUGUGGUCAUCAGUACAUCCUCUGUUAAUGAAUUCCACAUGUGUCAAGAAGUGUUUCCUUUUGUCCAUUCUGAAUCUGCUUUCCAGAUUCUUUUCUGAUGGUGGGCUUCUUCAGAGGUGAUAUAGGAGGCUUCCAGCUCUGCCAAUCAGGCCUCGUACCCAUCACAUUGGUGUACUUCGACUUCAUGUACACUCAUCCGGAUUACAUCCGUAUUAUGUAAUCGAUUAGUGUGUGAGACCACUAGUUUGAUAGCUUCCUUCAACAGAAACUGAAAUUGCAGUGAGAAAAUAAAGUCAUGUCAGAAACUGAA